AUGAAUCUACGAAAAGCUUUCUAUCAGAUCCCGGUGGCCGCAGAAGACAUCCACAAAACUGCAAUUACAACUCCUUUCCGUCUAUACGAAUUCCUUCGGAUGCCUUUUGGCCUUCGAAACGCUGCACAGUCGUUCCAACGCCUAAUUGACGAAGCACUUCGUGGUUUAUUGCAUUCGUUCGCUUACAUUGACGACCUCCUAGUAGCAAGCGCUAACAUGGAUGACCAUGUGCGUCACGUCACGCAAGUUUUUCAGCGUUUGGAACAUUUCGGCUUAAAAAUCAACCCGGACAAAUGUGUGUUUGCCGUUCCUAAACUGAAUUUCCUCAGAUAUGAAAUUGACGGUUCCGGCAUCACACCGGUCGCGGAGAAAGUUACAGUUAUACCAACCAACGACGCUCCGGCAACUUCGAUGUUAUCUCGGCUUAAUAAAUUACUAUCGCCAGUUCAUUCUUAA